CUGGAGGGCAGGGGGGGAAUCAUAAUUCACACCGAAGAUUGGGGAGGGUGUAGCCGCCUCAUUACAGGCGAAAACAUCGUGACUACUUGCACGCUGCUGAAGCCGUAGUGGAAGAGGGAGGAAGAAAGAGACAAGGGGGGGAGCAGAGCAGCAUCACCACAGAGAGAGAUGGCGGAGUGCGGGCGGAAGGCGCUGUCUCUCCUGGAAGCGGCCCGCUCCCGGUACGAGAGCCUGCAGAUAUCCGACGACGUGUUCGGCGAGUCCGGGGACGACAGCAGCGACAAUCCCUUCUACAGCACCUCCGGAGACUCCGACUCCGACAACUACAUAGCCGAGGUAGGCGAGGAGGAGCAGCCGAAGCACCACCAUCACCAAAAACGGAGCGAUAAGGAGAGCGGGCAGAGCUGGGGAGCAGGAGGCGGCAGCGGCGGGAGCAGCGGAGCCGGUCCCCCGGGCUCUCUGUCCCGUAGUCAGGCGGAGGAGGAGGGCUGGACGGAGACUCUGCAGGAUGUCACGGUGCCGCCGUACAAAGAGACAUAUGGCCCUGCUCAGAAGAUGCCGGCCACUGCCACAGCCUUGGACUUCUUCCAGCUCUUCGUCCCAGACAACUGCAUCCAGAACAUGGUGAACCAGACUAACAUGUAUGCCAAGAAGUUCCAGGAGCGCUUUGGCUCGGACGAAGGCUGGCGUCCCGUCACGGCCCAGGAGAUAAAGGCCUUCCUGGGCUUUGUCACCUCCACCAGCGUGCACCGCUGUGAGUCCGUGCUCAGCAUCUGGAGCUCGGGCUUCUUCAGCAACCGGAGCAUCGCCUUGAAGAUGAGCCAGGCGCGCUUCGAGAAGAUCCUCAAGUACUUCCACAUCGUGGCUUUCCGGCCGUCGCAGGGAAGCAACCAGGGCCUGUACAAGAUCCAGCCCUUCCUGGACUCGCUGCAGCAGUCCUUCAGCUGCACCUUCAGACCCUCUCAGACACAGGUUCUUCAUGAGCCCUUAAUAGACGAGGAUCCAGUGUUCAUCACCACCUGUACGGAAAGGGAGCUGAGGAAGAGGAAGAAGAGGAAGUUCAGCCUCUGGGUUCGACAGUGCACCUCCACCGGGUUCAUCUGUCAGAUCUCAGUCCAUCUGAAGGAGGGCCAGGGUACAGACGGUCUGGCCACCUUGAAGAACAAGCCUCAGCUCCACAGCCUCGUGGCCAAGCAGCUCUGCCAGAACAUCUCUGGCAAGAACACUAUCAUCUUCACCGGGCCGUCCAUCACGAGCCUCAGCCUCUUCUCUGAAUUCAGCAAACAAGAUAUCUACUGCUGUGGUCUGCUGAGCACCAGGAAGAGCGACUGCACGGGUUUACCACAGAACAUGCUGGUCUGCGGCUCCACGCCAGCGCAGCGCGGCCAAUCACGAGUAAUGAUGAAAGGCAGCAUGUCGCUCAUCAGCUGGUACAACAAGGGACACUUCAGGUUCCUCACCAACAGUUAUUCACCAACAAAACAAGGUAUGAUCAUUAAGAGGAAAAGUGGGGAGAUCCCGUGUCCCCUAGCCGUUGAGGCCUUUGCGGCGCACCUGAGCUACAUCUGCAAAUAUGAUGACAAGUACAGCAAGUACUUUAUCUUCCACAAGCCCAACAAGACCUGGCAGCAGGUGUUCUGGUUGAGCAUCAGCAUCGCCAUCAACAACGCGUACAUCCUCUACAAGAUGUCUGACGCCUACACGGUUAAACGCUACAGCCGAGCGCAGUUCGGAGAAAGACUGGUCAAAGAGCUGCUGGAUUUAGACGACUGCUCCCCCACGCAGUGAGGAGGAGGAGGAGGACAGCAGGAGCGCACGACUACCACACACACACACACACGCAC